CACUACAUUACAGCCAAUACAUGUUCGGCGCACACAGCCCCGAGAGCAGCAGCAGCAGCAGCAGGCCACGGCAGCAGACGAAAUCCUGCACUACUUUAGCUUGUCUCUGUGGUGGUACGAGCCUCGACCACACUAGUAGUCACCUGCAUUAACCUUAGAGCAUCAUGACGGGGGGAACAUGGAGGGGCAGGAGGAACGGGUGCUGGAUGAGCAGGAGUGGCGCGUGGAAGCAGCUGCUGUCAUCCAGGAUGUGAGGGAGUGUGUGGCUCACAUGUCCGUGGCGUCCCUGCCGUCCUCAAACACGGAGAUUCACUUCAACCUCACCACCAAGGAGCAGAGACAAUACUGCGUGGAGCUCACCGCCUCUGGAUUCAGAAUCGUCAGCAGCAAGUUUGACGACAGCUCAGAGCCCUCAGAAGAGUAUUUUGAGACCCCUUAUGCUCUGCUGGACAAAAUCAGCCCCUUGUAUCGAGAAAGCUUCUGUUCAGCGCUGGCAGCAAAACUGGCGGCCCUUCCAGCCAGAAUUGACGAGGAAAACCUAGAGGCUACUGAGUGAU